AUGCAUCUCCUUUCCCGCCGUCGAGUCCCCCUCAUCUCUCUCGUCUCCCUCCUCUCCCUCGCCCUCGCCCUCGUCCGCCCAGUCGCGUCGUAUGUCUCGGCCGACGGCACCGUCGUCAUCCCCGGCGCGUCGUCGUACAACGGGCUCAACUUGGUCCCGCAGAUGGGGUGGGAUAACUGGAAUGCGUUUGGGUGCGAUGUGAAUGAGACGUUGGUGCUGAGGACGGCGGAGAGGAUGGUGCGGUAUGGGCUGAGGGAUUUGGGGUAUCGGUAUGUGGUGUUGGAUGAUUGUUGGAGUGUUGGGAGGAAUGAGACGGGGUUUUUGGUUGAGAAUCCGAAGACGUUUCCGCAUGGAAUGAAAUACGUCGCUGAUACGAUCCACUCCCUUGGCCUUAAAUUCGGGAUGUAUUCCUCCGCUGGCGUGUUCACCUGUGGUCGCUACCCUGGCUCUUUGGGUAACGAGCAGAAAGAUGCCGAUUACUUCGCCUCCGUGGGCGCAGACUAUUUGAAAUACGAUAAUUGCUUUAAUCAAGGCCAAUCUGGGACGGCGCAGAUCUCGUUUAAUAGGUACAACGUCAUGUCACAAGCGUUGAAUAGAACGGGACGACCGAUUGUGUAUUCAUUGUGCAAUUGGGGCGAUGACAAUCCAUAUGAUUGGGCAUACACGAUUUCCAACUCAGGGCGUAUGUCUGGGGAUGUGUAUGAUUCGUUCAAUCGACCGGAUAGUCGCUGCCCGUGUACGGAGGCGAUUGGGUGCGCGUGGCCAGGUUUUCAUUGCUCCGUUAUGAAUAUCUUGAAUAAGAUGGCGUCAAUUCAGUCCCGGACGAUGUCUGGGUACUUCAAUGACAUGGAUAUGUUAGAAGUCGGGAACGGAGGUCAGAGCGACAACGAGUACGUCGUCCACUUCUCCAUGUGGGCAAUGAAUGCUUCUCCACUGCUAAUAGGCACCAACGUACUCACUCUCUCUCCCGCCAAUCUCGCAAUCUACUCCAACCCAGCCGUCAUCGCACUCAACCAAGACCCUUCCGCGACCGCUGCAGUCCGCAAAUGGCGGUAUUUCGUGGACCCAGACGAGACCGGUGAGGGCGAAAUAGCGCUCUGGACCCGCAGUCUCAAUAACACCGACCAGGUGGUUGCGCUGCUGAACGCUGCAAAUACGAGUAUGAUGAUGAACGCCACCAUGAAUGAUAUCUUCCUGGAUCCUAGGACAGCAGGCGCGUAUCAGGCGCCUCCGCAGUUGAGUGAGACGUGGGAUGUCUAUGAUCUCUGGGCCAACCGAAUGAGCAAUGCUGAAGCUGGAGCUAUCAUCAACGGCACCGCGAUGAAUUUGACCGCCAAUACGAAUAGUACGCUUACGCGGUAUAACGCCACUGCAACGAGUUAUGCGCAGGGUCUAUUGAAUAACGACACCGCUCUGCUUGGGUUGAAGGUGGGAAGUAUUGCGCCAGGAGGGACGUGGUCGGCUAUGAUCCCGAGACAUUCGGUUGGGCUGUAUAGGCUGAGGCAGAGGGAGAGUAAGGUAGUAAGAAGGAAGGAUGAGUUGUAGGUGAACCUCAAGCUAAGAGAAAAGUUUGAUUUCAUUAGCUUCAACAUCAGGUACACCACGCUUCACCGUUCUAGCGAGCCUACAACGUUAUAUCACGGGCAUCAAAAUAAGAGCACUGUGAAUCUUUCCGCAGAUUUACAUCUUUACGAAAUGAUCGCGUGGCUGGCAACCUGCGAGCCUUCAACCGUGGGAAAUGGAUAUUCUCAAUACACUAUUAUGCACAGGUGCGUUGACUGCCCAAACCUCUUUCCUUUGCGCCUAGGUAGGACCCACUCAAACACGUGACUGGCGCGUGCGGACUGCGCCAGAAAUGGGUUAUUUUGCAUUGUGAGGCUGUCUAAUUCUAAAUGCUUGUUUCCCGUUAUAGCCGUGCGCGUUCUACGUAUGUAUCAGCCG